AUGAGCUCGCUAGUCUCCAAAGCCUUCGACCCCCAACCUCAACACUCAACCCCUUCCAACAUGCCCACGAUAUCAACAAACAUUCCGCGCACGGAUCGGCCUCGUUGGACUCCUCCGGGCCUAAGGCAGCAACAACCCGACAACUCCGCAGGCUGCUUCCACAAACGCCCCUAUCGUCACCACCCGCACCAACUCUUACGGCGUCCACGACAACAUCCAUCAACAUCGCCACCGGUGACCACAUUCCUGAUACCCCGACGCCUCAGCCGACGUCCCCAUCACUUCUAUAAUCUCUGCCACAGCACCCGCGACGGCGACUUUGACAACGACUACUACCUCUUCAACGCCACCACCGGCGAGAACACUCACGACGUCGACCACCACAUUCACCGAAUCCACCCCCAAAACAAGUGGUGUAGACUCGAUCCCAGCCUGUCCUCAUUUCGAUCGCAUAUUCACCUCGCACGUCAGCCUGACUGGUCACCUGCGAGUUCAUCACAUAGCGACUGGCAAACCAGUGCCUGGAGCACCGACAUGCGUCCACUGCGCCCACUUCAAUUGCUCACACCGCCCAUGCGCACUCAGUCACGGCAUAGGCCUACUCGGCCACAUGCGCACCCAUGA